AUGAAAACCUGGGCUGAAUGUAUUUAUUUCUCUGAGGAUUUAUACUUAAGUCUUUUUUUCUUUACAUGUAGCCUAUUCCAUGGAGUUCACUGGAGUACCACUGGCGAUGUUCAAUAUACUGAAACACAUAGUACUCUUGCUGAUGGUGGACAUCAGUUUGGGGUGUCAACUUUGUGUUUUGAUGCAUUACAAGAACUUUUAUGGAUGGGAAAUCAGGGUGGCCAUGUUACAUCUUAUUAUGGUCCAGCUUUAGAAAAAUAUACAUCCUUUCAAGUACAUUCAACAGAUGAAAUACGCCAAAUUCUCACUAUUGAUAAUGGCUGUUUGUUUCUGACCAGAAAUAAUCUUCGAUGUUCUAUAAGACGAGGACUUAAACAAUUUGAUUACAAUGAUGAAUACAUGGAAGAUAUGCAGUGUAUGAUUAUGACUAGUCCAGAAUCUGUAUUGAUGGGUGGCCAUCAGACAAAGGUCAUUGAAAUUGAUCUUAACAAGUUACAACAUAUACGUCAAGUUGAUGUUAGUGAACCCGGAUGUGCAAUAUUUAGAGCCUCUAAUAAAUUUAUCUGUGCUGGUGACACCAGUGGCAAGAUUACUCUUUACGACCACAGUACAUUAAAUGCUGAACAUGUUCUUGAUGCACACACAGGAACAUUAUCUGAUUUUGACAUUGAUGGUAACCUGCUUGUUACUUGUGGUUACUCUAACAGAAUGGGAAAUCUUGCCCCAGACCGUUAUCUGAUGGUGUAUGACUUACGUUUCAUACGUGCUAUGGCGCCAAUUAAAGUGGUUGUAGAUCCAACAUUCUUGCGUUUUAUUCCAGCUUACACAAAUAAAUUGUGCGUUGUAUCUCAAGUGGGCCACUUUCAAGUAUUGGAUACAACAUCUGUCACACCAUCAUCCAUGAUGUUAUAUCAAGUUAACACUCAAGGUGGUGUUGUGUUAAGUUUUGAUAUUUCCUCAAACUGUCAAAAUAUGGCCUUUGGAGAUAGUUCAGGUUAUAUUCACUUAUUUGCCACAAAUGAACAAGCCGCAUUUAAUGCAUAUCCACAAGCAACUGAAUUUUCUGAUCCUGUUGAAUCAUUUAAUCCUAUGCAUAUUAAUGAUGAACUUGCUCCCUUUGCAAGCAUCCCAAUGACUUAUCCUAGUGAAGGAACACUGUUUUCAGAUUGGCCAGCUCGUCUUUGUCGUAAAGUCUAUCGAACUCCCAAACCAGUUGAACCAGAAUUGUUACGAACCAUGAAGAUGCGACACAAUGUUGGGUAUGCACCAAACCCAGGCACUACUCGCAGAAAUCAAGUGCCUUAUGAUUUGAAAGGCGAGAAUGCCAAUAAAAAAUCUCAUAUUCCAGAGUCUUCUGCUGGUCGAGAUGACACUCACAUAAAUAUUCCAAAAAUUUACCGGAAAGUUGAAAUGAAGUACUCAAAGCUGGGCUUGGAAGACUUUGAAUUCCGCUAUUACAAUAAGACUUAUUUUGCUGGUUUAGAAACACAGAUUCCUAAUGCUUAUUGCAAUGGAAUGUUACAGGUUCUGUAUUUUAUUGAGCCUCUUCGAUGCACUAUGAAAUCUCAUCUAUGUGGGUGUGAAUUUUGCUUAGCCUGUGAAUUAGGAUUCCUUUUUCAUAUGUUGGAUGAACAAAAAGGUCAAACAUGUCAGGCGAAUAACUUUCUUCGAGCAUUCCGUACCAUUCCUGAAGCUGCUGCACUUGGACUAAUUCUGGGUGACCAUGACCAACUUCAAGGCAAAGUAAAUUUGACUCGGCUCAUCCAGAACUGGCAGCGGUUUCUCCAUCAACAAGUUCAUUCAGAAACUUGUAUUAGAGAACCAAUUUAUGUUGAUGUUGUUCCAGAAGAACUAAGUAUUAUGGACAAUUGUCAUCAAGAUACAUCUGGAUUUUUCAUGGUCCCUGGCUAUGAAGAAUCAGCAUCAGAGAGUCACAGUGAUGAAUUAGAAUCUGUGGAAUUAUCUACGGAAAAACCAUCAACAGAAAGUGUCCUUCAACCAAAUGAAAGAGAGAUAUCCAUCAUUAGUCGAUUAUUUGGGACCCAAAUAGAGACAGUACUUCGAUGCCGUUGUGGUCAUAAAACACGGAGAGAAACACAUUCUACACUCACUAACUUAUCCUAUCCAACUCUUUCUGCAGAUGCAUCUCCUAUUCCAAUAUCCUUUUCUCAGGUAUUGCUUCACAGUCUCACAUCUGAACAAGUGAUACAAGCAUGGUGUAAUGAUUGCAGUCGUUACCAGCCACAUGUUCAAAAGAAGCUGAUUAAAUCAUUACCUGAUAUUCUUGCUUUGAAUUGUGGCUUGGAAAAUCCCCGAGAUGUUGAAUUCUGGCGGACUCAAUUACAGUUUAUAAAAAAAGAUCCUCCUGAACUUCAAGAAGAUAUUAACAGUCCAAGGAAGAAACUUUGUCGCUAUGGAAAACUAUGCAAAAGACAAGAUUGUUUUUUUCUUCAUAAAUCUGACAAAAAUAACCAAAAUUCAGAUGCUUCUUCUGACAGUUUUGAUGCUGAUGAUGGAUUACGAACCAGUUAUGUUCCUGUGGGUCUAAGGCUUUCUUUAGCUGGAGAUGAAAUUAAUGUAACACAACUUACUGAAGAGAGUGAAUCUCAUGAAGCAGAUGAUUUGACCAAAGAAUAUGAGAUCUAUGCCACUGUGGCCCAUAUUAAGGAUGCAAAAACUGCUGGCAAUCUUGUUAGUUCAGUGAAAGUGGGGAAAACUUAUCACCAACGUAAAGAAAAAGUGACAUGCUCUCAAUGGUAUCUCUUCAAUGAUUUUGCUAUCACUCCAAUUGAAUUGUCAGAAGCAUUACAUUUUGACAUGGAUUGGAAAGUUCCUUGUAUUAUUUAUUUUGCUCAUAAAAACCUCAAUGAUUAUUAUGAUCUUUCUGUUCAGAAUCCAAUAACAUCCAAAGUUUUGUUUGAUGAAAGUGGAAUAGUAAAUCCAAAGAGAACAAAUCAAACAUUUGUGCCACUUUCUCCAGAGGAAUUUCCAGAAAAAGGAUCUUUGGUAGCUCUUGAUGCAGAAUUUGUUUCCUUAGAUCAGGAACAAGCAGAAUUAAAGAGUGAUGGAACACGAUCAACAUUGAAACCUUCCCACUUGGCUUUGGCUCGACUGACAUGUGUAAGAGGCUAUGGCCCAUUACAAGGUGAACCUUUUAUUGAUGAUUAUAUUGCCAUGCAGGAACAAGUUGUUGACUAUCUGACUGAAUAUUCUGGAAUAAAACCAGAUGACCUCAUUGCUUCAGUAUCAACCAAACAUUUAACAACACUGAAAUCCACAUACAUGAAGUUGCGAUAUCUUGUUGAUUUGGGUGUUAUUUUUGUUGGGCACGGACUUAAGAAAGACUUUCGUGUAAUCAAUAUUUCUGUCCCUAAAAACCAAGUCAUGGAUACAGUAGAAUUGUUACGUCUACCCCGACAGAGAAAUAUUUCUUUAAAAUUCCUAGCACGCUAUUUUUUGAAAAUAGACAUCCAAUCUUAUACACAUGAUUCUAUUGAAGAUGCUCGUAGCGCACUGCGUCUCUAUUAUCUUUACGAGGAGCUGUCAAAAAAUGGAGAUGAUCACAUAAAAAAUAUUAUCAAAGAACUGUAUGAGUUUGGACGUAAGGUUCAGUGGAAAUUGCCUUUUCCUGAAAACUUACCAGAACCAACAUUUUUAUAG